UCACCACCCGUCUCAGACACUCCCACAGUCCUUAAUAGUCACUCAUUAUUUCUGCUCAGCAUGAAGGCCGCUCUUUUCAUUCCCCUGUUGGCAUUGGCCGAUGCAUCUGUCAUCUUGCGCCGCGACGACCCCGGCUCCAGUGCCCAAUCAUACCACUUCAAGACCCAACAACCUCACUUCUUCAAUCUCAAAGUCGAUGACUGCAAGUGGACUAAGCGACAGGAGGAAGACGAGGAAGAAGAGCUGUCUCUGGAUGAUGAGGAUGAGACUCCUGAAAUUGAAAACGCCAAAAUCCUUCCCGGCAAAGGAUCGAGCAAAUGGAACCGAUGCCCUCUGGCAGGAUACGCCAUCAGGCUAGAGAAUGGCAUCGUAGUCGCCACCCCAUACCAGAAAUGGUAUGAUCCAAAGCUGGCUACCUUCUUUGUCGACGACGACACCCAGCUGUACACUGUCAGCAAAGAUCCCCUCCAGCUUUACAUUGACUCUGUAACGGGUGCGUUCAAAUACACCAAGCUUGGAUGGCUUCCUCCCAGCGCCAUAUCCACCAGCUUCUACCACACUGGCAACAACCCUCUCGGUCUAACGAGCCCAAGCCCUUCCUACCUCAGCUGGCCCAGCACUGUUGGUAUUGCCUUCGAUGGUGAAUGGGCUUUUUGUCCUCUCGGCGAGACAGGCCAGUACCAGGUCUUUGUCAACAACGCCAACUUUGCUCAACAAGGCGUUCGCAAGGACUGGUGCAAGAAGAGGCCUCUUGCUGCCGUCAACGCCAACCCAUGGAGAAACACCCCGAAUGAGGCCGCCGAAUAG